GCCCCCGUGGAUGGCUCGUCGGCGCCGUCGUACAUCGCGCUCACCAUGUGCAAGCUGAUGGUCGUUGAGAUGCCGCACCCCCAGCACUCCCUGCAGGGCACCCCCACACGCACCUUCCACGGGCACCGCAAUGCGCCAGCACACGACGCGGCGACGCUGUUACGGUGGCAGCUGGAGGGCGGCGACGAGGAGAACGACGACGAUGACGGGUUCAUCUCAUCGCGCCUGCGCGGGGGGGCGCCCGUGGGUGCGCGCACGGCAGGAGGGGGAGUGGCCGCCGGGGCCACUCCGGGGAGAAGUGCUGCUGGUGCUGGGGGCGGGCUGGGCGGGGUGCUGGGCAGCAUGAUGGGGGGGGGAACGGCGGUGGCGCAUGGAGGGUACGGGGACGUGGAGGACAGUGAGAUGACCAUGCCACGUGGCAGUGAGCUGGCUGCCAUGCUGGCAGACCGGGUGGCAGUGGACAGGCAGCUGAUGGAGCGAGCCAUGCAGCUCAGCGUCUUCGGCAACAAGAUGCAGAAGCGCCCCCGGCGGCCAUCAGAGGCGGCAUCAGCAGGGCACCCCACAGCCCAUGCCAGUGCCGCGGGGCACCUCUUCUCCCACACUCCCGCUGCUGCCAGCGGCCAUGCGCCGGUGCGCAGCUGCAGCACAGAAGCAGCAGCAGCCAGCGCGAACCCCCCGACCUCAUCAUCACAGCCGCCUGAGGAGUCGUCCCUCGCAGCCCUGGUGGCGUCCCUCUCUGCCGCAGCGGCUGCUGCCCCCCUCCUCCUUCGCCCCUCCGUCCAGACCAGCACCACCGGCGUCCGCCCCCACCUCCUCCUCCGCCAUCCCCCUGGACGCCUCCCCGCUCAUACCUGCGCCGCACAGUGCCUCCGCCAUCGCCCUCCAAGGGGGCGGGGGGAGGGGUUCAAGCAGAGGAGGAGCACCCACUGGUGGUGGGGGAUGGAGCUGACGGAGAGAUGCGGGAGUGAAGGAGGUAGUGGCAGGGGUGGCGGUGGCAGGGAGCGAGCAGGAGAGGAGGGAUAGGGAUGCUGUGGGGAGCUGUGUGCUCGCUGGAUGUGUCAAAAGGAACCCAUUCUUUGGAAACAUACCGUUUGCAUUAUUCAGGAAGCCAGAUGCUUCCGCCUGUUCGAUAGCAGUGAAAACACUGUUCUGCUGUACGGUACCUAUGAAGAACCUAGAUGAAGGUUUCAUUCUUA